GGGAGUCGUCAACUCAGAGUGGUGGGAAAACUCCCUCAGAGGUUAUAUUCUAUUCUGAUUUGAAAAUGUGCCCCACUCAAAGCAUAUGCCAGUUGAGUGGGUACAAGAAUGUGCAACUUUAAUACUGAUGGUACUUGGUGCGUAUUUAUCUAAAUGUCUGUGGAGUGUUAGGUCACGAUGUUCUUUUUUAUUUAUUGACUCGAAGGUUGAGUAUACAAGCCAACGUUGACAUAAUUUCUGUUAUUUUCUAGAUCAGACAUUGAAAUGUACAUUUGUUGGACGCAAAAGUGGCACUGAAGUGAGAUGCACAGCAUCAGGAGAGAAGUGCGAAACUGUCCCCCUAGUGAGUUGAGCACCAUACCCGGAGAAAGCAGAGGACGUAUUAACAUUUUCACAGGGAGGUUGAUGAUGAUGAUAGUGAGUAUCAAUACGACGACAGUUUUGAGGAAUAUACCAGCGAAGAAGAAAAAGAAGAAGAAGAAGAAGAAGAGGGGGGGAAAGAGGAAGAGUGUUUGGAGAGAGCAGAGGUCCAACCAGUUGAGUGGACAGCUAUAGACCUCCAAAAUGGUGUCAAGCUUCUUGUUCCCGAAGUCGUAUCAGAAUUCAAGUGCCAAGCCGUCCCACUAUCAGCUGAAUCACGCACGGAGAUGCUGACACUGUUUCCACACUAUCAUGACGAGACCAUGGUCAGCGAUGUUUACAGCUUGGAAGGCGAGGAAAUAAAAUCUUUGAACUGCAAUCCAAAGUUCCUACAGAUCCCGCUCGUAUUGCCAACCACGAGACUCGAUGUUAAUGUCCUCUUCCGGUUCCACGUCAUGGUAUGUGGGGAUGAUGGUUGGACGCCAGUGCCGGCACAGUACGAGGAUUAUCUUCUGAAAUUCCCAGUACAGAGUGGAAAGUAUUUCGUUGCCUAUGCGCGCCCAAUACCAGAGUUUAAGAGAAUUUCUAGGAAUGCGUUUACAUUCGUCUCUGCCAAGGACAAAUGCAUCAAAGUGCACAUCCCAGAAGGUGCUGUGGACACCGAGAUGACUAUCUCAGUUAAGGUACAGCCCGUGGACACAGACAGACUGAAAUGGUACAGAGCUUAUGACCCAACAGCAUUUGAGGGGAUCUAUGCUCUGUCUGAUAUUCUGAGUGUACGACACAAAAUGGAAAAUGUAUUCAGAAUAGACACAUCUGUCCAGCUACCAAUUGCAGAUUUGUCAGAAGAGGAUUAUGAAUUAAAAGGCAUAAGUAUUGAAAAUAAUAAUUACGUCAUCAGAGACAUUGAGAAAGAGAGUUCCUUCAAAGGAUUUGCGGUGAUGACUCACACCGUGAACAAUACUACAAGUUGCCAAGUGGCCUGUGUUCGGCAAGGCGUAGCUUCAUCAGCCCUGAGAGAGGCAGCUAUGUUCCAGGCCAGAAAGAUGGACAUGUGUACUGUUCUAAUGUACAUCUCAAAAGAGAACCGUGACAGAUGGCUCACUGUUGAGCUUGUAGAAUCCCCUUCUGCAAACCAGGUAGCUGAAGCCAGGCAGCAAAGGAACUAUUUUGAGAUCAUUGGAAGUAGGUCAGGGAACUUUCCGAUACAUCUAAAGGACAGGAUACGAGUGCAUCUGUCAGGAAAUAUGAGGAGUGCAGACCAAGUAAAGAAAACUAAGUACACAUUUGCAUACAAAUCUCAGUUGAGGAAUAACUGCAUACAGUUCAGGACACAGAAGGCAUCAGCUGGAACUGUUUACAGUGUUGUGGAGGUUUCCAUUGGUGCACAACGGGUUCACGAAGUCCACUUCAACUAUCCUGAACCUGGAUAUAACAUAAAGGAAAUCAAAAACUUAUGCCAAUAUAGAAUUGAGUCAGUCCCGACCACAGAACAAACCAAGAACUCCCCUUCAAGGACACCUCAAGAACCACCUAGGAUUAGUGACAGCGAGACAACGUCUUCAUCCGGUGGGUCAAGCGAUACUGGUUAUAAUACUGAAGGAUCUGAGAGACACAGUGAUGCACCACCACGAAUGAGAAGGAGUGAAUCAUUAACUGUGCCAGAAGCAAAUGAGGGAGUAUCUGGUUCCACUGCAUCAAGACUAUCAAGGAGUGUGUCCGUGCCUGAGUCAGACACUGGUGCAUCGUCUGCCCCUGAACACGAACAUCAAAUUCUGACCGAAAAGAGUUUCCUUGUGUUGGGAAGGCACGUGACUUUACGAGACUGCCAGAAUGUCCUCAUCACCCUCGGUAUGAACUUUGACACAAUAUCCAAGAUCAAGCAGGAUGCAAGAGAUGAGGAUGUCAGUGCCGUGUUCCUCCUCUUGUUGAGGUGGUACCAGAGCAUGAAAGCAACCAAGAAGAGUGUUGAUCUUAUCAAGGACCUGGAGCGUGCCCUUGUCAAGAAUGGUCGUGCUGACCUAUCAAGAAAACUUAAAAAAGUUAGGAAAAAGGGUAGAGGGCUCACCAAUAAAGACUUUGAGUGAGACCACGUAACUCGCAUGCACACGUGAUAUGGCAAUGACCAAAUGUGCAGUUAAGCCAAAGAUCUGGUACUUUCAACAUGCGGAGGCUGCACCAAGAUGAGGCGGUAGUGAGUUUGGUUUUACGCCGCUUUUAGCAUUUUCCAGCAACAUCAUGGCGGGGGACACCAGGAA